ACUUGCUUGCAAUUUGCAAAAAUUUCAAGCUACUAGCUUAACCAUUGGAGUUAAGAUGAGCAUCUCCAAUGAUUGUAGCUAGGGACUUGCUUGCAAUUUGCAAAAAUUUCAAGCUACUAGCUUAACCAUUGGAGUUAAGAUGACAAGUUAGCUUGGCCAAGCAAAUUAGCUUAAACGAGCUAAUUUGCUUGACAAAAAGCUGGAAAAAAUGAGUGGACCCAUUUUGUCCUUGCGUGAUAUACAACAACAGAAGAAAGCAAUAUGAUUGAUGGAUAAUGUUAAAGACAAUACCAAUCAAACCUCUCAUGCUCCAAGUUUCUCACAUCCUCAACCAUUUCCUAUCCGACAAGUUCUUCACCAUCCAACUCAAAGUUACUAUCCUAUGACUCCAUAUCCACCAAACACUCAAAUGUAUCGUCCUCAUUCGGAGUAUACGGUAAUUGGACCAGAUAAUCCUCCCACUCAAUCGGGAUUUUUUCCUAGUCCUCCGUAUUUGAAUGAACCAAAUGUACCGACAAACACUAUAAUGUACCAUCCUCAUACAGAGUAUACAAUUCGGCCGGAUAAUUGUCCUACUCAUUCAGGAAUCUUUUCUCAUCCUCCUUAUUUGCAUGAACCAAAUAUAGUUCAUGACAAUACAAGAAGGGAUAGCAUAGGAGACUCAAGCACCAACGAAAUGUAUCCAACUACUAGGUUGGGAGACAAUUCUCAAGCUCCUCAAACUGAUUCUCACCAUGAAGAGGAGACUAAUCAAGCUAAAGAAAAACGAACCAAGUUGAAAUGGAGCCAAAAUAAAGAUGUUGAUUUAUGCACGAGUUGGAUAACCAUUUCAAAGGACCCAAUAAAGGGAAUUGAUCAAACUAAGGAAUUGUAUUGGCGAAAUAUCGCUGAAUACUACAAUACUUGGAAAAAAAAAGGGCCUGAGAUACCUGUUGAUAAAUUGUCCAACCAUUGGUUCAAAAUGAGUGCCGAGGUUACAAGGUUUAAUGGAUGUUACAAUAUUGUAAAAGAUAGCCAUCCUAGUGGGCAUAAUAAUGAAGACAUCAUCAAUAAGGCAAAGAUUUUAUUUGCGGAACGUUACGAAAAUAGAAAGUUUUCCUACCUUCAUGCUUGGGAAGUCCUGCAUACUGAUCCAAAAUGGCAAGUAUUUUCUAGAAAAUAGUGUAACUCGUUAAAGAGAACAAAGAUAUCAAGGUCGGGUGUGUAUAGUUCCUCCUCUAACCAUGAUGCAAGUGAAAAUGAUGAAGUGCAAAUGCUAGAUGAACGUCCAAUUGGUCAAAAGGCGGCAAAGCCCGCAGCAAGGAAGAAAGGGAGUAAGAAAACAAGCUCUGAAAUUGUUGAUGAAAAGUGGAACAAAUUUGAAGAUUUAGCUACAAAGAGACUAACAUUAUUGCAAGAACAUGUUCGUCAAACCGAUUUCGAGAUACUACUCAAGGACACUUCAACUAUGGAUGAAAGCACAAGGAAAAAUCACGACCAAAUAUGCAAGAUCAUUAAAGCAAAGUAUGAAAUAGAGUAACUUUAUUUAUGUACUUGGGAGUUUGAAUGUUGGUUCUUGUUUUUUUGUUUGGAUUUUGCAUAUCUACUGGAGCUAGAAAAGUACCGUAGUAGUAAGCACUGGUAGUAGUAGACUAAUAGUAUUGCCAAUGUUCACAUUUCAUUUUUUAACUAAAAACGUAGUAGUAUUGUGUUUUUCUUUGAACUGCCCAUAGUAGUAGUAUUGCUAAUUAUUGUUUUUAUAACUAAUACUCUUCCAUG